AUGACGAGCUACACCCCGCACUCGUAUACGUCGUCUUCCCUCGACACGACUGGCGCACCUGCGUCCUUCAGAAUCCCCCCGUCUUUUGUUCUGUCCGGCGGCGAAGGCGCCGUGCAGGCGCAGCAAAACGGGGUUUCUGAAACGCUCGGUCGCCAGCCUGCUGGGCUGUACUAUUACCCCGUCAACACUGUACCCGUCUCCUCGGAAGGAAAGAGCGACGGUGACGGAAGGAUCCACCUGCCGAUGACCGGCAGAUAUGAGAGAAAUCUGCCUGCGUAUUCGUCAGUGACUGCGUCGUACCCGCAAGGCAACGCAGAGACCAACGCUUUCGUGGCGGAGUCAUGGAGCGCCUCCUCAGUGGAAGACGGCGCUCCACAGGCCCGAGGACACGCAUGGACCGUCGCACAGGCAGGUGCUUCACUGACGCGCGACUCUGCGCAAUCCGGACUGGCCUCCCGUUCCCGUGAGGGAGCCUGCCGCGCAUUUUCGCCUUCGGUGUACACGAGCGUUUGCGCACAGCCCGCAACCCAGCAGCUUCUGUCCGGCGCGUUUUCGCGUUCUACGGCCAGCCUCGUCAGCGAGCACUCUUCGUCCUCCCGUCUGCUGUGCCAUCCUACAACCUCCUGGUCGUGUCCAGCUGCAGGACCCGCAGCAAGCGACGCCCCGACCUACCGCCGAGCUAGCCAACCCGGACCGCUCGCUGUCUUUCCGCCUCUCCCCAUUCCCACUGCAAGCGGGCUUCCGAGUGCAUACUCCCUCGCAGAAGGAAGAAGAGCGGCGGAGAUUCCCAGUGCUCAGCUCGGGGCGGAUCGGCCACUAGGCGGACGACCUGCGGCCGCCGUCCCCGAGGACCUUGACGGGACGCUGAAGAGGCUCGAGGCGGCGAAAGCCUUCGAGGCCAGUCGACUGCAAGAUCUGGUGAAACAGGAAAAGGAGUUGCUGAUGCACUUUGCGCAGCGCCACCAAGCCGGAAACUCCAACUACGCCAGAAGUUUGGUCGCAGAGCGUAGCCAGCAGCCGCACGUCGCAAACGAGCACUCGCAAGCUCCGGUCAAGAGCACCCGCGUCUUCUCGGGUGUACCUACAGCUCCAGAUGGAAGCGCCUUCGUCGCCCAGCCGCAGCCGCAGGGUGUUUCGGCUCAGUUUCCGGAGUUCUCCACCCCGAUCCCGCGUUUGCCCUCGUUCUCAAGUCCUCACGUGGGAGGUGCGGGCCUUCUCCCGUCGGCGUUUCCGUCGGCGUUUCCGACCGCCCUUGGACAGCCCAGCAGCGCCAGCUUCAUUCUUCCCACUGACAGGCUCAGCGGCCAGCAGGGAUCGGCGCUUCCCGUGGCAGUGCGCGCGCCGCCGUCUCGCGGGCCCCGAAGACGCGCGCUGAUCGUGGGCUGUGGUCACCAGAAGGGACAGCCUUACCACAUCCGCGGCGCCGGCAACGACGCCCAUUUGUUCGCUCACGCAUGCGUCCAGUUCCUUGGGAUAGAUCCGAAGGAGAUCUGUGUCCUCACCGACACUGCGCCGUCGACUUGCUACCGAGGCCGCGGGCGAGACGGGUCGCUGUUGGGGCCGGCGGCUUAUAUUCAAGGCAAGGAUGGCUCCAAGCACGGCUCCUUGCUGGCGAGGCAAGACAACAUGCAUGCAGCCACCGACGACAAGUCGGACGCAACGUCUGCGCUGUCACAGGCGAUGCGCGAGGUCGCGGGCUUCGGCUCCAGGCACUUUGGCGCUGCUCAAGGCCGGAGUGGAGAGGAGACGAAGGCGGUCGUGCACUCCGUCGUCGACGUCGAUGGCCUCGAGUCGGAGGAACCCAAUCCAGUGGUCUCUGAACUUCCGACGCGCCACAACAUUCUGAGGGGACUUCGGUGGCUCGUAGAAGACGCGCGGUGCGAUGACUACCUCAUCUUUUACUUCUCGGGCCACAGCGUGCAGAUGGACAACAUGUCGGGCUGGGAAGGAGAAGGAUACGAGGAAGCCUUCGUGCCAUGCGACUUCAACAUUCGCGACGUCGAGAGCGGAGACCCAGUCUCCCUCGUGGGCGCCCUGGAGGUUCGCGAGAUUCUCUUCAACAUCCCCGAUCGAACGCAGCUGACGAUCUUCCUGGACUGUUGCGGAGGGCAAACGGUUCUCGAUCCGGCGGGGUCUUUGUCGCGUUUCACCUUCAUCAAAGGAGUAAAACAACGCGGCAUGUGGCCGUUCUCCGACCCCACCGACAAGAUGUGCCUGGCCAAGUACCGCCCUGACGUCUGGGCGAGUCCCGAUAUGCACAAACAAGUUGUGCAGCCUCGGUACAUCCCGGCCGUCGAAGUGCAGUCGCUGAGCUGCGUCUCGACAGCCAGCGUAAAGGGAGACGAACACGAGAAGCCUGGACUGCUGAACGCAUACUGCGUCGCCGCUGCGCCCUGGGGGAGUGUGGCUCUCGAGGCGAGCUUCAACUCGUUCAGCCUCCGCAGUUUCCACACCCGUUCGCUUCCGGGGGACUCUCAGGGAUCCUGCACAGUUGAAUCGAAACCGGUUGUCCAUGGCGUUUUCACGUGGGCGCUGGUUUCUGCUCUCGCAAGUCUUGUCGAGGAGACGAUUCGCGUCUUCUCUGACGAGGGUGGCGCGCGGAACGGCUGCGUCCCGAUCCGCGUAACCUACAAAAAGCUCAUGGAGAAAAUCGAGCAGCAAAUCAGCGAUCUGAAGUGGAACCGCCUAUUCAAACUCGAUCAGCAGCCGGAACUGACGGUUCACUCGGGAGGUGGUGCGCGUCCGAACGAAGUCUUCAUCCAGUUCCCCGAGCUCGCGCCUGGGAAGGGCCGACCUUCCGUGGGGGCUGCGUUGUCGACUUUGCCCGGCGGGUGUCUGCGGCGCUGGUGCACCGAGGCGUUCGACUCUCCACUCUCUUCGCUUCAGGAGAUGUCGGGGAGUUUCUACGACUUCUUUCACCCGCAGUGGACGCGAGAGGAAGAGCUGCGCAUGCAGAUGCGGCGCGACGCAGCUGCGGGUGCGCUCCCGUACACCGCGGAGGCGUGCUUUCAGCGGGCGUUUGGCGCGUCUCCAGACACUUUAGGUGCGGUCCCGAGGCGCGCGCACGAGGCGCACGCGAAGGAAGAAGCGCAAAAGGCAAAUGCGCAGCGCGUGGCGCAAGGGUUGCCGCAGAGAACGAGUGGAACUCUCAGUUUCUACGGUGCGCGGCAGCCUGCCGGCGAGAGCCCUGGGGGUAGGCUGUUCUCGCCGGCUGUGACCGAAGACGCACCAGUGCAUGCGUUUUACGGGGUGGAGGUCCCAGACACGAGGGGGAGCCACGGAAAGGCCGUCUAUCCGAUGUUCACGAGCGUUUCCACGGGCAGUCUAGACGACUUGAACUCGAAAAUGCACGGGGGUAACCUCUCCCAACUCUCAACCUCGCAAGUCUCGACCGGAGGCUCCUUUUUCGUCGGGACUCGCGGUGUGAAGGCUGGUGAGGGGUGGUGA